UCCACUCAGUGAUGUCGCGUAUUUGUGUGGCGCACCUGUAAAGAGCGAGACAGGCACAAGCCGGCUUUUUUAAUUCUUUGAUUCCUUUUAUUUAUUCUUUUCCUUUUUGUUCCCUUUUGUUCCAUGCAUUUGCUCACUGGAAAUCAUUUGUGUGUUUUUAUUUAAUAAAUAUUUCAUUUCCUCAUUUUAUAUUGUUUGUGUUUGAUUUUAUGUUCUUAAGUUUGAGCUAAAGAGAGCGGAAUUCACCAUUUUACGAGCUAUUGGCCAGGUGAUUGAGAUUGUUUGCCUAAGGACGUCCAUAACUUUCAUUUAUAGAAACGACGCUCCUCCUCCCCCCUGUCAUGGCAGUCAGACUGUGCGAUGUGGCCUCUCUGCUUAGGAGCGGGUCGUGGGCGCCUGAGCCUUGGACUGGGCAGGUAAUUGCUGCCAUGGAAACACAGCUGUCCAAUGGGCCCACAUGCAACAACACAAGCAACGGCCCGUCCACCAUCUCCAACAACUGCUCAUCGCCUGUGGAGUCGAGCAGCAUCGAGGACAGUAAGACCAACCUGAUCGUCAACUACCUGCCCCAGAAUAUGACCCAAGAGGAACUCAAGAGCCUGUUUGGGAGCAUCGGGGAUAUCGAGUCGUGCAAACUGGUGCGGGACAAGAUCACAGGGCAGAGUCUGGGCUACGGUUUUGUCAACUAUGUGGACCCGAAAGACGCAGAAAAGGCCAUAAAUACUUUGAAUGGCUUAAGGCUUCAGACCAAAACUAUCAAGGUGUCCUAUGCUCGGCCAAGCUCCGCCUCCAUCAGAGAUGCAAACUUGUACGUCAGCGGUUUACCAAAAACAAUGACACAGAAAGAGCUGGAGCAACUCUUCUCUCAGUACGGCCGCAUCAUUACCUCACGCAUCCUGGUGGACCAAGUCACCGGCGUCUCCAGAGGGGUGGGCUUCAUCCGCUUCGACCGGCGUGUGGAGGCGGAGGAGGCCAUCAAAGGGCUUAACUGUCAGAAGCCGCCCGGCGCCACAGAGCCCAUCACGGUCAAGUUCGCCAACAACCCGAGCCAGAAGACGAGCCAGGCUCUGCUGUCCCAGCUCUACCAGUCCCCCAAUCGAAGGUACCCAGGGCCCCUCGCACAGCAGGCACAGCGCUUCAGGUUGGACAAUCUGCUGAACAUGGCCUAUGGAGUGAAGAGCCGCUUCUCUCCGAUGGCCAUCGAUGGCGUGACGAGCCUGGCAGGCAUAAACCUCCCGGGCCAUGCAGGCACGGGUUGGUGCAUCUUUGUGUACAACCUGGCGCCGGACGCAGACGAGAGCAUCCUGUGGCAGAUGUUCGGCCCAUUCGGAGCGGUCACAAACGUCAAAGUGAUCCGUGACUUCAACACAAACAAGUGCAAAGGAUUUGGCUUUGUCACCAUGACUAACUACGACGAGGCGGCGGUGGCCAUCGCCAGUUUGAACGGAUAUCGCCUUGGCGACCGCGUGCUGCAAGUGUCAUUCAAAACCAACAAAACACACAAAGCCUGAUGUGACUGUGCACAGAGACUGGACCACCUUUCUACAUUAGUAAAGCUUUGUACAUCUGUAUUACCACAACAUAUUUAGCUUUGAGCGCGAUUCCUUUCUGUUCUUCUUGCUAUGCUUUGGAUCUCCUUUAGAGGAGACGGACCAUCUGGACUGGUUUAAACUGGUUUAGUCUCUGGUUCAUCGAAGUCUUGUACGUUUGUGUGGUGCUUUGAGUUCUGUCUGUCGGGGUUUGCCUUUAGGGUCUUUGGUGGUUAGAAAGUCCUUCUUUUCACAUAUUUGCCGUUGAGUUGAUUUGUAAGUAUUCUGUUGUAUUAUGACUUGGUUAUUGGUUGGCUGCAUAAUGUUGCAUAUUGUAAACUUACGGAUAAAGACAAAAAAAAAAUUCUUAAGCAGUACCUUGCCAAAGAGCUAAGAACCUCUUUGAUGUGGGUUUAAAAGCAUCUAUUUUUAUAAAAAGAAAAAUUUGGAGAAACUUUUUACUGGACCUGGAACAAAAUAUUUUGACUUGGAUACUUUGAGAAAUAUCUUCAUAUGACACCUUGUGAGCUUUUGAACUUUACAAGAAAGUUUGCAGCGGUUGAAAUUUCUGGAGAGAUUUAUGAUGUAAAAGAUACUUUUGAGAUGUUUGUAUUCUCUUAGAUUCUAGAUCAAUGGCAGUGCUGGUUUCAUUUGUAAAUCUGUGGUCCUCCUGUCAUUCUGGUGUUAGCCACUCGCUUCAGUUUGGUUUGGCAACUGACUGAGCCCAGGUUUCAUGGUUACAUGCUAAUGUAGAGGCGUGUUCUACGCAGCAUGCUAAUGUAGAAGCGUGCUCUAGACAACAUGCUAAUGUAGAGGUGUGUUCUACACAACAUUCAAAUGUUUUCAGAACAUGCUAAUGUUGAGGUGUGUUCUACACAACAUGCUAAUAUAGACAUGUUCUACACAACACACUAAUAGAGGCGCUUUCUAUACAACAUGCUAUUGUCUUCAGAACAUGCUAAUGAAGAGGUGUGUUCUACACAACAUGCUAAUGUCUUCAGAACAUGCUAGUGUAGAACGCGUCUCUACAUAACAUGCUAAUGUAGAGGCACAUUCUACACAACAUGCUCAUGUAGAAACGUGCUCUGCACAAGAUGCUAUAAUCUUCAGAACAUGCUAAUGUAGAGACGUGUUCUACACAACAUGCUAAUGUAGAGACAUGCUAAAGUCAGUUCUUCCGACGCAGUCCUCCGACAGAGACUGUUUUUGUGCUCAACCUGAACCGAGUGUUUUAACGUCACUAAAGUUUUCCGAGAGCCGAGGACACACACUGAAGGCAGCGGCUUUCACUCUGAGCUGGAGAGCUCUGUAAAUAACACAUUUAUGUUGACUAUUUGGACGUUUUUCUGUUCUCCUUUAACCUUAAUUGAAAAGUGUGAUUCUAUUUAAUUUCUUUUAAAAAAAAAAAGUCUUUUGGUUUUGAAUAUUUAAGAUUUUAAUUUCAUUUGGCCUUUUUUGAAUCUUAUUUGUCCUCCGGACUUGCAUUACAGUGCAUCAAUUUGUUGGUUGUUUGGUCUGUAGAUAGUCUUGCUUCGUAAAAAAAAAAAAAGGUAUUAAGAAACUAUAGACAUUUGUUUUUGUUUUUUUAUAUAUAAACAUUAUAGAUAUAUAUUUAUGUGGUACAGAAUGGAUAUAAACCACAGUUUGAUUCCUUUGUUUUUCAUACUCAUAUAUAUACGUAAUGCAUAUAACCUGUCUUUAAAACCGUACAAGUGUAUAUUGCUUUAUUCACUUUGGGGGAGGUCAGUGAAUCCUAACGAAUGCUGGAAUUGAAAACUGGAUUGCAGAGUUGAGUGACUGUCCCUCUCCCGCAGCAGUGUGCUAUGCAUUCUCGUUCUGACCUGCGACAGCUUUCUUUGUGUUUGUAACAUGAGCUGCUGUGGGUGGGGGCCACAGUGGAGCCGGGCGCGCCUUCAAACUUGUGUUGUGCUUUUCCAAAUAAUCGCUUUGAUUUGCUCUGCCUGAACUCUCCUGUGGCCCCUACCCCUCUUAUCUCAAUUCUUAAUGUGAGAAUGAUUAUUUAUUUAAAGUUGUAUAGUCUGACUUGGUUCACAUUUUGGAAUAGAAUAUCUCUUUUCAGUAUUUAAAGAGGAUGUACGUGUUCUUUACUUUGUGUUUGAAUACUUUUUCAUGUUCAGUACAUCAAUAAAUAUAAGUUGAAGGGCAA